AUGACUCAUGACAAUAAUGAGUUAACAAAUUCAAAUGAGCUAUUAAAAACUAAAAAAAUUGAGUUACAAAUUUAUCCGGAGAUAUUAAUUGUUGUCGAUAAUAAACUUCAUAAAAAAUUAGGAGAUAAAUCAAAGGAUACAGUUUCUUAUAUAUUGGAAUAUUGGAAUUCAGUUGAUAUAAAAUAUCAAUCAUUAAAAUCACCAAAAUACCGACUUAAUAUUGCCGGUAUUGUUAUUGAAAUUAAUAAAAACCAACUCACUUACUUGAGUGAUAACAUAUGGAAAACUAAAACUGGUAUAAAAAAUAUUAAAGCAAAUUAUGUAUUGGAAGAAAGUGGUAAAUUCUGGUAUGAAUUUAAUAAUACUAUUCCUUUUUCAAGUUAUGAUGUUCUCAUAACAAUGACAUUAAGAAAAAUGUGUACAAUCGAUAGCGGUGAUGAUUGUUCAGAUAUUAUCGAUGGCCGGGCAUCUAUGGAAGCUGCUUGUAAAAUUGAUCAUCAUCAACGUGAAUUGUGUAAAGUAGGAAUAAUUACUGAUGGAGGAAAUUACCAAUCAAUAAAUACAGCUGCACAUGAAUUGGGUCAUUUAUUGGGAGCUGAUCAUGAUGAUGAUAAUGGAAUAUAUAAAAGGUGUCUUCCAAAUCAUAUCAUGCGAUCGGUCGAUGAAGACAAUCGUGUAAAUACAACCGUAUACUGGACUGAUUGUUCAAAAGAAGGAUUCAAAAAAUUUCUCACGUAA